AUGGAAAAUCCAGGCUCCGGCGUGUUGGUCAAUGUUGUGAGUAUCGCGGGAAUGCGGUGUAUUGGAAAGCCCCAAGUAGCCUAUUCAGCAACAAAUGCGGCCAUCAUGCAGUUCACCAAAGUAACAGCAGUCCUUUAUGCGGAAAGGAGCAUUCGGCUCAAUACUGUGGUCCCGGGGCUGAUAUAUACUCCAUACACCAAAGAUCUAGCGAAGCGCCAUGCCCAAAGCAGUGAUGAAGCGGCGUAA